GGGGGCUGUGGAAAGUACGCCAGGUGUCGUUAUAUGGGCAACGGAGAGAGGAACUGCUCCUGCACUGGAGGACACAUAGGAGAUGGCUUUGACUGCCGGGGCAAGACCCGCACGGAGAUAUUUCGCCAGUCAGAAGCUGCGUUGUACCGUCGGAUAAUAAUGGUGUCUGAUGUGAGGAGUCUGUACAGUGAUGGGCCCUACACUACAUUCAUACCUCCUGCAAACAGCAACUUCUCAAUAGAGGCAUGGGAGUCACAGGGACGCAGCCCAGACUUGGCUAACUACCACAUGGUGUCCUGUGAGACUCUGAUGCUCUCUGACCUGAAGACCACCUCAAAGGCUGUGGCCGUCUCCGGACACCAGCUCACCUUCAGCCUCAAGGAUGGCUCUGUGUACAUUAAUGAUGACGCUAGGAUAGUCUCCAGUGAUUAUGUGACAGCUGACGGUGUGAUCCACUACAUUGACAAGGUCCUCACCCCAUAUGACCUGAAGGAUCAAAAGGCCAUACCAUCUAAGCUUAAUUUCACUGAAGCAGGUGAACUAUAUGGAUACAUGAAGUUCACCAAACUGGUGCAGGAUGCCAACAUGCUGAACCUGGUCGAGAACUCCAUCCACCAGCCCCUGACCAUGUUGUGGCCAUCUGACGCUGCUCUCAGCUCUCUGUCUGAAGAGAGACAACACUGGCUCUACAGUCUUGCCCACAGGGACAAACUCACAGCCAUCAUCAAAGCUCACAUCAUACGCAAUAUCAAGAAGAUGACCUUGACUUCGUUCACUACCUACCGGACGAUGCACGGAUCAACCUUCACCUUUAGCUGUAACAAGAAAGUCGUUGGGGACAUGAUGGUGAAUGACAACAUGGCGAGGGUCCUGGAUCGUUUCAUGAUGUUUAACGGGGGCGUUGCGUACGGCAUCGACCAGCUACUGGAACCUCCCGGUCUGGGUGCACACUGCGAUGGACUGGAGGACAGGACUAUAUACAGUCGAUGUGGUAGCUGCUUGGGUCCCCGACCCUGUCCCCACGGAACUGAAGAUACGGGCAAGACUGAGAUCUGCAGCUUCAUCAACCCCUACUCUAUGCUCUACCCUCGACAACACAGUGUGAUGUAUAACCACGACUUCAGGUGGGGAGUAUCCACAGUGAUGUCUGACCACGACUUCAGGUCCGGAGACUCCACAGCGAUGUUUGACCACGACGUCAGCCUCCAUCCCUCUAUGACGAGGCACCACAUGGGCCAAAGGAUGGGCUGUAAGAGGAUGUGUAAGAGUCAAGCCUGGGUCAUGAGCUGCUGUAAGAACCACUAUGGAAGAGAUUGCCAAGUAUGUUCUGGUGGGUUGGAGUCUCCCUGUGGAGAUCACGGGGACUGUGAUGAUGGCCGUCUGGGGUCUGGACGCUGCCGGUGCCACAAUGGCUUCAAAGGAAUAGCCUGUGAGCUGUGUGAACUUAAACACUACGGAGCCAAUUGUACAGCGUGUAACUGCACAAACCAGGGCCAGUGUGAGGAGGGGAUGGAAGGAGAUGGGAGCUGCUCCUGUACUGAGGGCUGGACUGGAGACCGCUGCCACCUUAAAAUAGAGAAGAAGCUGGUGUGUUCUCCAGAGUGCCAUAGCAACGCUGUGUGUCAGGCCGGCAACAUCUGUCUCUGUCAGUCACAGUAUGUGGGGGACGGCUUGAACUGCACCGCUCCUGAUCUGUGUGCGGAGUACAACGGGGGCUGCCACCAGCAUGCAGCCUGUCUCCAGACAGACCUGCAGGUCAACUGUACAUGCCUGUCUGGCUACGAGGGUGACGGCUCUGUCUGCUCACCUAUCAACAGGUGUGUCACAGAGACCAAUGGAGGAUGCAGUGACUUCGCUACUUGCCUGUUCACAGGGCCUAAUGAGCGUCAGUGCGAGUGUCUUGAUGGGUACGUGGGGAACGGGCUCCAGUGUCUGGAGAAGGUGGUUCCACCCGUCGACCGCUGUCUGGAAGAGAACGGAGGAUGUCACCCCCAGGCCACGUGCAAGGACCUGCACUACCACAGUAACACUGCCGGAGUGUUCCACCUGCGUUCCAGUGCAGGGAAGUACCAGCUGAACUACACAGAUGCUGAGCUAGCCUGUCAAGCUGAGGGGGCUACGCUCGCCACCUUCUCUCAGAUGGCUGAUGCACAACAGCUGGGAAUGCACCGAUGUGUUGCUGGAUGGAUACAGGGGAAGAAAGUGGGCUAUCCAACCAGGUUUCCCUCUGUCAAUUGUGGUGACAACCAUGUUGGUAUAGUGCUAUACAAAGACCCCGUGGACCCCAGCAGCAAAUACGACACCUACUGUUACAGACUGUCAGAUGUGUCCUGUGUGUGUGGAAGUGGGUACGUGGGUAACGGCGACUUCUGUAACGGAGACCUGGCCAGUGUUGUGGCUACCAACUUAAACUACUCUGUAUUCUACAAUAUAUUGUUGAAGUAUGCAGGCUCGUCUACAGAGGGAGAAGUUCUGUUGGACUUUCUGUCCAGCAGUUCAUCCUAUGCCACUCUGUUUGUGCCCCUCAACGCUGGGUUCUCUGAGAACGAGACGUUAUCAGACCGGGAUGUGGAGUACCAUAUCUCCACUAACAACAGCAUUACGUUCUAUGAGGACCUGAAACACGAUGGAGUCAUCCCUUCCAGACUGGGAUAUAACCUCUCAGUGGUCAUUUCCCCCAGCAACAUCACACAGCAGAACCAGGAGCCCCAGACGUUCAAGCUAGUGAACCGGAGGCUAGUGUUGACCUGGGACAUCCCAGCCUACAAUGGAAUUAUCCAUGUCAUAGAGGGCCCACUCAGAGCCCCGCCACUACCAGUGCACCAUGCCCAGUCAUCAGGCCACGCCCAUGGGGGCGGGACUGUGGCCACCUCCAUCCUGGUCACCUGUCUGAUAGUCUGCGUCAUCGCUGGCCUCACCUAUUACGUCUUCAAACACAAGAAUGACGCCUUCCGCUUCCACUACUUCAAGAAUGAAGAGGGGGAUAAGCCUGCUCUGGUGUCUAUUCCCAACCCGCUCUACAGCGGUUACAGGGCCUUCAACCAACCCUUUGGUAUCAAUGAACAAUGUGAAGAGGCAGAACCAGCAGCAGCAGAACCAGCAGAACCAGAAGAACCAGUUCCUCGACUACUGGAUUUAUGAGAACUCUAACAACAUUAUGUGGGCUCUAAGAAAGGGCUGGAGUGAAUUGACUUUCUGCAUUUGAACAG